CGUCGCCUUGCCAACUCGCAAGUCCAACCAAACCUGCACAAACAUUCUCCAAAACCCACCAUCUACAGUUCGCAUUUCGCGGUCCCUGCACCCACCAACACAACAGAAUGCCGCCCGCGAAAAGGAGAAAGACUGCGCGCACUGAGGAGGUGCAAGCUGCACCAAACCGCCAAGCUGAGGAAGAGCCUGAAGAGCCAGCGGCCGAACAGACAACAACCGCCAAGGAUGCAUCACCGCCAGCCACAUCCGGACCAUCAUCGUCAUCUUCGUCUCCAAACUCCGCAAACUCUACUCCAGCAGCCUCCUCCUCAACCGCCAACGCGGCCCAGGAACGUCUCGCCCGCUUCCGCGCACUUCAGGCCCGCGCCAAGGCCUCUUCGGACCAGAACCUCAAGGAAGCGACCAAAGAGUCCCAACGGCUAGCAGCUGAUCCGAGCCAGCUCAAUGCCCUCAACCGCAAACACGCGAUCGCCUCGCACAAGCUGCUCAAGGCCGACAUCGAGGAGGCGGGCGAGGACUUUGAGCGCAAGCGGGCGUGGGACUGGACGGUGGAGGAGACGGAGCGGUGGGACAAGCGGAUGCGCAAGAAGGAGGCGCACCGCGACGACACCGCCUUCAAGGACUACGCGCGCGAGAGCGAGAAGGCCUACAAGCGCCAGCUGCGCAACCUAGGCGCGCCCGACCUGGAGCGCUACACGCGCGAGAAGAUGGCCGCCAUCGAGAAGGCCGCGGCGGCGGGCACGCUCGAUAUCGUCGAGACGGAGGACGGCGAAAUGAUUGCUGUCGACAAGGACGGGACCUUCUUCAGCACCGCCGACUCGACGGCCUUUGCGCAGCACAAGCCGGACAAGGCGGCGGUGGAUCGGCUGGUGUCGGACCUGCGCAAGGCCGAGGAGGCGUCGCUCAAGAAGAGGAGGGAGCGGAUGGCCAAGAACAGCGAUGACGGAGGCGACGUCACGUACAUCAACGAGAAGAACAAGCAGUUCAACCAGAAGCUGGCGCGGUUCUACAACAAGUAUACCGCCGAGAUCCGGGAGAGCUUCGAGCGGGGAACCAUGGUUUGAGCGGGCGACGGUUCAUGCGUUAUUUGGUUAUCGUUUAUCAUGGUCAGCGAACGGAGUUUGGGCCAGGGAUCCGGAUAUUGUACAGUCUACAGCUAUACAUGGAGGUGACCACCAGUGAUGAUACAUUGAUUGAUACA